AGUCGUCGCAUCACUCGCCUGUCAUCUGUCUGUCAUUCAACACAGUCAUCCUGUUAAUUGAAGAGCGUCACAGUCGACCCUCAGGGACAUCAUCAACUGGAUCCCAAGUCCAACACAGGCCAGACGCCAUGGCUCAAUCAUCCUCAACUUCGGAUGCUUCCACCACACAUCUCCCAUCCCUCCUAAUCUUUACUGGCUCUCAUCAUCCUCUCCCUCGUAAAUAUCCUCACCCUCAUAAACCUAUUCUCCUUAUCCCUCCGUUCAUGCAUCGCACUCUCCACGCCGCAUUGGAUCAAACACCCCCAGCGACAUCCACGACGUCCGAUGGGACAUUGAUCAUCCCCCAUCCAGAUAAUAUCAUUAAGCACGAUCUACCAGAGCUGGCUGCUGAUCGAACUGGUAUCGAUGAGAAACCUCACGGUCAGACGAAUGAUGCAAGUACGACCCUGGACACUGCUCAACCAUUAUCCACCGUAGCUGAGGAUGGAUUUUCAAGAUCAGAUGAUAUAGAUGCCGAGGUGACAGUCAAACUUCAUUUGGUCGGAUCAUCAACAUCCUCAUCGACUCGACUUGAAUGGAUCACAAAAGCGUUGACCAGUUUGGCAGAAUUCAAAGGCUUGAAAGAGGUUGACACGCUCUUACUCGGUUUCAAAGGCGUGGAUUACAGGGGACAGAAGAGCGAAGCAGCUACGGUCUUGGGUUGCGGAACGGAAGGGAUGGAAAGUGGGAGUGGAGGCGAAGUGGUAGACGAACAAGUGGCCAGCGAGGUGGUUGAUACCUGGAGAGCAUUGAUCAAGGCGAAGGGUGCCUCCAGUAAAGGCUUGCCGAAUGGAUCGUCCGCUCCUGACGGUCAUUCCAUUCCCACUGUCGACCUGGAGCAAGCAGUAAAGCACGUCAAAAUCCUCGGAACUCUGUAUAUGCCUCUUUCGCUAUUAGAGACGUUAUCUGAGGAUGCCGCCCAAGCGCCAACAAUCAACUCGAUGGAUACGCCAGACUGUCAUCAUCUACCUAGAGAAUAUCUCGACUUUGCCAGAGAAAGAGGAAUAGAACUUUGGGCAGGAGGUGGUGGAGAGGGAUCAGAUCCCAUGCCGGAUAGAGAGCUACACAAUGUCCUUCAAGAAUUCAACAGCUCGCUCAUCCCGAUCAUUCCGUCCUUGUCUGAAAGGGAACCACCAUUGCUGGAAAAUCUGAUACCGCUCAGGGAGGAUGGGCUAAAGUACGACCCGAACGUCGAACCGGAUCUCCGUGUCAACUGGGUCCUUGGUUACACGCUCGUAAGCAAGACCCGAAAUGUCGUCAAGGACAAAGGGUACAUUGUAUCUGCAGAUUGGGUCGUAUGAUACCAUGUAUAACUGUGUCGACCGAUGCUUUUAGCCCCCAUUCGCCGUGAUCUGGUUUCAAAACCUCAAACACCUCUUUUCAUCUCCUUGGAGACGGUAUCAAAGGAUGACCCAUGUCUCGCCUUAGGGAGGAGGCAUUCAUCCGAUCAUCGCCAUGACAUGCUACAGCGUUCGAACACUUGAAUAU